UCCUGUUUUUCCAUCCACUUAUUUAUUUGUCCAAUUCAGAGGGAGCUGAUGUAAGCUCAAGUCCUUCAUUCACAAAAACAUAAAGAAAAUAGAGAGUUUCAAUGGAAACUGCUUCUAAGCCCCAUGUCCUUCUAGUUCCUUACCCUGGCCAAGGCCAUGUCAAUCCCAUGAUACAAUUCGCCAGGCGCUUGGUUUCCAAAGGUCUUAAAGCCACCCUUGUUACUUCCAUUUUCAUCGCCAAAUCCAUGAAACUUGGCUCCUCUGUCGGCCCUGUGCAGCUUGAUGUAAUCUCCGACGGCUAUGAUAACGGUGGCUUUCCAAAAGCUGACUCUGUCGACACCUAUCUUGAGCGGCUGAAGGUUGCCGGUUCAAGAACCCUGUCGGAGCUCAUCUUGAAGUAUCAAAACACCUCGAACCCUAUUCACUGUGUGAUAUAUGAACCUUUCUUGCCAUGGGCCUUGGACGUCGCCAAGGAAUUUGGGUUGCUGGGGGCUGCGUUUUUCACUCAGCCAUGUGCAGUUGAUUAUAUUUACUAUAACAUUCAGCAUAAGUUACUUACGCUACCAAUUUCUUCAACCCCAGUUUCAAUUCCGGGAUUGCCUUUGCUUGAGUUUAGAGACCUGCCAUCGUUCGUUCGUUUGCCAGAUUCAUAUCCUGCUUACUUUGAGAUGCUCAUAAAUCAGUUCUCUAACGCUGAUAAAGCUGAUUUUAUCCUCAUCAACACUUUCUAUGAGCUAGAGCCUGAGGCAGUGGAAACAAUGUCAAAAGUUUGUCCUGUGUUGACAGUUGGACCGACAGUUCCAUCAAUUUACUUAGACAAGAGGAUUGAAGAUGACGAUGAUUAUGGUGUCGACCUCUUUCCAUUAGAUGCCUCUAUCUCAAGCAAUUGGCUCAGCACUAAGCCAGAAAGAUCAGUGGUGUAUGUGUCCUUCGGCAGUCUCUCUGGCUUAAGUGAGGAGCAAAUGGAGGAAAUUUUGUGGGGUUUAAAGAAAAGCAAUUUUUAUUUCUUGUGGGUAAUUAGGGCUACUGAGGAAACGAAACUCCCCAAGACAUUCAUGGAAGAAUUGGGAGAUAAGGGCCUUGUAGUGAACUGGAGUUGUCAAGUAAAGCUGCUAACCAACAAAGCUGUGGGAUGCUUUUUGACCCAUUGUGGUUGGAACUCAACAAUUGAGGCAAUAAGCUUGGGUGUGCCUAUGGUGGCUAUGCCAUUAUGGACCGACCAACCGGCGAAUGCCAAACUUGUAGAGGAUGUUUGGAAGGUGGGAAUUAGAGUUAAGGUUGAUGAGGAAAAAGGGAUUGUGACAAGAGAUGAGAUUGAGUUAUGUGUAAGAGAAAUAAUGGAGGGUGAAAGAGGGAAAGAGGUGAAGAAGAAUGUUGAGAAAUGGAGUGAGUUGGCCAUUGAGGCUAUUAGUGAAGCUGGGACUUCAGACAAGGACAUUGAUGAAUUUGUGUCAAAAUUGGUAAAGACUUGAAUUAAGAGUACUUGGUGUUUCAUUAGGUUACAUUAAUAUGCACUUUGGAUUUGUUAAGUUAAUUUCUUGUGCAAUGUAUGAAUGAUGGAAUUGGUACUCUGAUGCAAUUAAGAGUUGAUUAUGAAUUCAAAAUAUAAAUCAUGAGUUUUUCCAUAUAAAAA